CUCUUCAUUGCUUUGUCUGAAAAAAUCAUGGAGUCUGAGUCAAAGUUGAAGUUGAAAAUUUCUAAAAUGUUUCGAUCUUCAUUCGUUUCAUGUAGACCUAAGAAUGUAGUAGAUUUAAUGGAAAACCCAGUUUUCAUUUCUCAAAAUCGUCAUGAUUUUCAAAAGAUUGAUCAACAGUCUUUAAUAUUAUCACCAAAAACUCGACCUUUUCCAUCCAUUUGUAAACCCAAUAAGUCAUUAUCAGAAUCAGCAGAGGCUGAGAAGAGACAGAGUUUUUUAUUACAGAGGAAGAUCAAAGGUAUUACUGAUGAUCAUACUACAGAAGGAGUUGUAGCAGGAGGAAGAAAAUGUCCACCUGUAUCACCAUGUUCACCAUCAUCAAAUCUGUUUUAUAAUUGUUAUCAUGAUUUCUAUGAUAACAGAGAAAGAAAGACGAAGCCAAAGAAGAAACAACCUGUUAAGAAGAAUAUUAAGAAGAAGCCGAGUUUGAUUCGAUUGAGUUCUUCUUCUAGUAAUGGCGGUUGGUUUAGUAGCGAAGAAGAAGAAGAUGAUGACUACUAUGCAGAUGUAAAAGAUGAAUAUGAAGAAAAUGAAGAUGAAACAGAAAGAUUUUUCUCAUCGAGAAGUUUCUCAUCUUCAUCAUCGGAAUCACAACGUCGGAAAAAGACUCAUUUACGUCGAAAAAGAGCCGAAUUACGACGAAGAAGCAGAUCAGGCCGAGAUAUAAUACCUGAAAGCACGACUAAAAAGGAUGUUGGUCUGGGUAUUGGUGAAAGUUUCGCCGUUGUUAAACGUUCAAGUGAUCCACACAGUGAUUUCAGGACAUCAAUGGUGGAAAUGAUAAUACAGAAACAAAUCUUCUCAGCUAAAGAUUUAGAGAAACUUUUACAAUGUUUUCUUUCGUUAAACUCUUCUCAUCAUCAUAGAGUCAUUGUUCAAGUCUUUACUGAGAUUUGGGAUGCUCUCUUUUCUAACUAUCUUUAAUCAUCAAUCAUUGUAACUCCAUGUUUGAUGAUCAUCAGCUAGUAGUUCUUCUCAUUUUCUUUUAUCUUGACUUUUUAUUCAGCUAAUGUUGACUUAUUUAGUAAUAUAAACUUUCUGAGUUUAAAUCUGAUGAUGAUCUGGGUUCUUUUCUUUUAUUAA